AUGGACGCCCCGUCACUUCUGAGACUGUCCGCUCGCUCCGCGCUCCUCAGUUCCGUCGAUGCCAGGGGGAUGGCUGUUAGGGCUUCUUCAAGCUGUCUCGUACGGUCUCGGUCUUUAUUUUUCCUCUGUUCGUCGCCCUCCUAGAGUUGAUCAUUCGCGCUGAGAUGGGUCUGUCCUCGCAGGUGUGGCCUCGGAGGGCUCGCUACCCCGUGAGUAAUGCUGCUGUUGUUGUCACUUCUUUUAGGCUCUCCCUCUUCCACGGGAGACAAUUGUCGACCGGCGUUGGCGAAGGCUUCCCCGGUUCCUCUUCCAAGCGGAGAGCUAGAGGCCCCGUCAUGGCUGCGAAGAAAGCGUCCGACGGUAUGUUCCCGCGAUACCCAGUACGACAUCCUGAGAAGCGAUUGCGACGUUUCUUCUGGGAGUUCAUGUUGGUUACAAUGGUUGAAGUGUUCGUUUGUUUUUUUUGGUGGGAAUUGGACUCUUCGGGAUUGCCGAGAAAAGGUGAGAAGCAGAACGAAGGGAAGUAUAAGCACACGUUGAACCUGCCAAAGACGGCAUUCGGGAUGAGGGCCAACUCCAGUGUUCGGGAGCCCGAGAUUCAGAAGCUUUGGGAGGAAAAUCAGGUCAUGAAGAGAGUAGUCGAGAGGAAUAACGCGGUGGGUCUCUACCUAUGUUCAUUAUUGCCUUCUACCCAUUGGUCGUCGUCUCCAGUCUUGUAAUUUGGUUUAUGCCCUUUAAUUGGAUUGAUUUGGCAGGGGACUUUCAUUCUUCAUGAUGGGCCGCCUUAUGCCAAUGGGAGUUUACACAUGGGGCAUGCUUUGAAUAAGAUUUUGAAGGAUAUCAUCAAUCGGUAUAAGGUAGGCCUCUCUUCGUCCUUAGGCGCUUCUAACGGUAGAGCUACUGGAUUUUACAUUUCUUCUUAGCCAUAUGUGGUCCACGGCAUGUUGACAAGUUUCACUGUUGUGAGAAUCACAUUGCAAGGAGCUGAACAUAAUCGGGUUUGGCAUAAUGACCAUGGAAACAAAAAGAAAUAACACAUGUUAAUUCAUGGUCAUCUCAUUUAUAACAAAUAAAACAUAUACUUUAACUAUCAUAAUUAAAGGCAUUACUGCAACGUUGAUAAGCUCACUUGGUUUUUUUAUUUUUUUAUUUUUUAUUUUUUAUUUUUUACUCGUGUUCCUCAUAAUUAGCUUUUAUUUCCUACUCAGUAUAACUUCUCGUCAAUAUUCUGCAUUCCUUUUGCAUUAGAUAUCUGUUAAUUCCACCUUCAUUGCUGGGGUUUUCUCUUCAGUUGAGUGAACAACCACUUUUUUCUUUAUCCGUUCCUCUCUCAUAAAGCACACGCUUAUUCAUGGUUUUAGACCAGUCUUGUGAUGAUACAUGUCACAAAGAUAGCACCAUAUUUCCCCCUUGUGAAAUUUUGGUUCUGGGUUCUGCUGUAGUGUACUAGAUUCUGGGGAUACUCCCAGGAUGACGAACCUCAACCAAUCUCUUGAAUAUAUGUAAAUGAACUCUGCCAUGAGUUUUUACCAAUGGAUGCUCCCCCAAAUUUUGAACUUCUGUUUUAUCUGGCCGGACAUUGUUAGUAUGGUUUGUCUGCUGUAAAUACAGUAGGAGAAUAGGCUCGUAAUUUUCCAAGGAUAUAUAAGAUCGGAUAACCUGUUGUUCAUCUAUCAAUCUAAGAUUCAUUACUUGUAGAGGGGCAACCCCUACCAAGAAAAUGACGGUUUUUUUAAAAAUCAGGUUUUCUGACAUGUUGUAACAUUGCUUGCUUAUCUUUACUUUUAUUUACUAUUCUCAACAUUAAGUAUGGAAAAUCUCUUGACAGCUUACAUGUGUUGUGGCUCGUAUGAUUAGCAUCUUACAUUAACCACUGCUAUUCCCCUAACAUCUGGAAGCGUUUUAUACUUGACAGCUUCUUCAGAACUAUAAAGUUCACUAUGUGCCAGGUUGGGAUUGCCAUGGUCUGCCAAUAGAGUUGAAAGGUUAGUGUUCUUUCCUAAUUUUGUUCUUUAGUUUCCCUUUGAAAAACUUUUCAAUUGGGUGUACUGAUAUGUGAUUGAAAAUCAGUAUCUUAUUUCAUAUCUUUGCAUUCCUAUGUUUUUCUUAACAUAUGGAAGAGGUUAGUUAUGGUACCAACGUUGGUACAGUAAUUACAAGUAGCGAUUGGCCUUUUAGAACUUUACAAUAUAAUCUCCCCUAGAAAAAAAAUCUGAGUCCCCAAACGCUCAGUAGAUGACUGUUAUGUGUUAUCCAGUUGUUGAUCUUUUCAAUCUUAUAAGUAUGGAAAAUAGUCCCAAAUUAAUGCCUUUUUGUAUUGUGGGUUUGACCAACAUUUUUUCUUGCUGGAUAGCAAACUAAUAAAUUGGGCUUUGCUGUCUGGAGUAGGGUGAAAACCAUGGUGCUGGGGAGUAGGCCAAAUAUGUGUCGAACUUUUUCAUCACAGAGACAAGAGACUCGCUAUUUGAAGUCAAAAUCUUAAUACUUGGGGACCAAACCCAAUUUUCAACAACCACCGGGCCAUUUGAAGGCGUUGCUAGAUGUAUACCUUUAUCCUACUUUGGUGAUACACGAAAUAAUCACCUGGAAUAAAGUGAGAGCAGUAAUAACUCCACUAGGAAACAUGGAAGUAGAUAGUUGGGAGUUAUAAGUUGCAGUUCACCCAGAGACGGAUGCAAUUCCUAAUAUGGAGAUUCGAGAAAGGGAACCGUUAUUUGUGAAGGGGACAAGAGAAAGAAAAAUGCAAGCAACCAUAGAGAACAAGCUUUCUGGAGAAGAUAUCUUGUCUUGUUUUUUGGAAUGGCGUGUACCGUUGUGUAUGACACUUGAAGGAAUGAAUGCAUAUGAUGGAAAAACUACUGAAAAACUGGUAAAAGAGCAGAUACCCCCAUAUGCAUCUCAUUUACUUUUAUGCUCACAUUCUUGCUGCAAUAUCCUUGUGUAAAACUGACAUGAAUAAAACUUUCUUCUUCUUAACCAAUUCAGUUACUCUCUUCUGAGCUUGUAACUGUUUAAUUGUGCCCUUAGAUACAAUAUAGUACACGUACCCAUUUUUUUGCAACGCUUUUCUUACCUUUGCUGAUGCUACUGUUCCCUUAAAUUAGUAAGCUCAUGGUUAGUCUCCCCUGAGAGACUGAAUGGUAGACUAUGUGAUGCUCACGAACAAGGAAUUAAUGCUUUCAGUAUGUUUUUUGUAGACUGUCAUCAUAUUUGGAUGAAUGAUCCUUCUAAACAUUUCUGCCUGGUAUGUGUAAUCUGUUGAGGAAGAUUAUCCCCCAAUGUUUUAGCAUACUGUGGACUAUAGACAAAACCACCAUUAUUUAAGUGCUUACUAAAUAAUGGGAAACGAAUGAACAGAAAUGUCCAAUGGAUGAGCCCAGUGCUACACUCUCCUUUCUUGGCCAUUCAGUCUGAGAAGAACAUUUUCUUGCUUGAAUGGCAAGGAAUAGAGGAUUCCCAUUUCUUCUGUCUGUGAGAACUUAUAUGACUAUAUACAACUCUAAAUUGUGCCCAGUUCCAUAUAUAGUUGAUGUUUGUUGUGGUCCUUACUACUGAUUUUCUUCUCAUCAUUAUAUUGUGGUUAUCUAUAUGAUCAAUCCAGUGAAACAUCUUUCCAGAGGCAAAGUGGGACAUAGAUAGCAACAUUUUUCUCUCUGAGUGCCAGUUUGAAAUGUUUGAGCACAUGUACCGUACAUCUGCAUAAUCUAUUGUUUCUGGAGGGCACCGUUAUGCUAUUCUAGUUAAAUCGAUUACUAUGUUGCUUUUACUUGAAAAGCAUAGUAUUCCAACCUAAAAUAAUGUAAUACAAAGGUUAUUAUGCAGCAAUAAACGGCGUAUGAGUAGAAAAUGUUUAAACUAAAUCGGUAAGUCCAAAUGUAUAGGAGUCAUUAAGAUAAAUACCGUGGGGUUGAUUAAGGAGUUUGUUUUGAGGAUGUAAAAGCCUGAUUCGCGUAGUAGGAGUUGAGAUAAAAGCUAAAUCGGUAUGCACAACCUUUUAAGUCCUAUUCUCUGGCAUCAAUUAAUGGACUUUCUUUUUUAGCUUUGUAAUUAGGGUCUCCUUUUCUCAUUCCUGUUCUAUCUUUGUACAUAGAAGUAAGAAUUUGGGAUCUUGUUCCCUGUUGAAUCAGUUUUGCAGUCAAUGGAUCAAGAUGCCAGAAAAGAGCUCACCCCAAUAAAGCUGAGAAAGAAAGCAGCUAAAUUUGCCAGGGAUACUGUUGCCACCCAGAUGAAGUCUUUUAAGGUUUUUUAACAUUUCCUCUGUUCUAUGAACGUCGGUACUCCAUUUUGAAAUAGAAUCACGAAAUUUCUUUCCUUGGGCCAAUCUUUUUGAUUUCUUCUUUUCAAAAUCCUUGUUCAAUUAUAUCUAAUUAUAACUAAUCUUGGAUACGUUUUUAAUGUUUUCAGCGGUAUGGAAUAUGGGCAGACUGGAAUAACCCUUAUUUAACACUUGCUCCAGAAUAUGAAGCCGCUCAGGUUAUUCCACAACCUAUAUCCAUCCUGAGGAUGGUCUGUUUUCCCCUCCCUUUACUUCUAUUUAAUUAUCGACGCAAAUGCCUUCCUUUUCUCUAGGGCUGAGGUAUUUACACGAAAAAGUUCCCAUGUUGAUCUACUUUAUCCCUAUAACAUUCAUGUAUAGUUUUUGGGUCAAGGCUCAUUCAAAUCAAUUAUUUUUCUGCAUUACUUAGCCUUUUUCAGUGCUAAUCCGCUAAGAAAUCUUCAUUCAUUGUGGACUGUAACCCAUCUGUGGAUGACUUGGAUCGGCUUUGCCAUUUUAAGAGAUGCUGAUCCUUAAAGUCGGAAAACAUCAGCUAUUGCUUGAAGUAAUGACCUUCUGUUCCUCUGAUUCUUCUAUUGCUAGAUAGAAGUAUUCGGGCAGAUGGCUUUGCAAGGAUAUAUCUACAGGGGUAGAAAACCUGUUCACUGGAGUCCAUCUUCACGGACUGCACUUGCUGAAGCGGAGUUGGAGGUAAACCUGAUUCUUGAGUUGAAACUUUGUUUUGGCCCCCAAUCAUUGUUAGAAGUUUCAUGUUUCAGUUUCGUAAAGCCGAAAAGAGUAUUCAAGCUAAUUCCUGAAUAUACAAUCCUGUGUUGAUUUUGCCUCUACGACAAUUCUGCCUUCUUCAUGUUGUUGGCAGAAUACUAUGAGGUUCUAUUCUAAUAUAUAAGUUAUUGUGGAUAUGGUACCAAUAACGUCAUUCACUUAUGAGGCUCACAAAAUUAGCUUUGCACAAAUUCUCUUUCGUUUUAUAGUGAUUGUUAUCAGUUUUUAGUUUUAUUGUGAUUUGUGCUCUGCAGUACCCUGAAGGACACACUUCAAAGAGUAUCUAUGUCAUUCUCAAAUUGGUCAAUUCACCACCAGAUUCAUCUGCGCUAUUGACGGAAUUUUUUCCACAUUUGUUUCUGGCAAUAUGGACUACGACUCCUUGGACUAUUCCAGCGAAUGCUGGUAAGCCUUCUAUUAAUUAUCUUCUUAGUUUAAUUUUUUAGUUGCGAAUAUACUGUGUAACUUGUCUGGAUCUAUUUUUACAUCUGGGUCUGGAAAGUCAAUGGAUGACAGCCGUGUGAUUCUAGUUUUCAUUCCCUCAAGAUGCAAACAUAACAAGCAGACAAUUGUUUAAGAGUGUAUGUAUUUUUGGAUAUGUCCAUUUCUUUGUCGUGCGAUGAUUUUUUGCCUCUAUCUAAAAUGUGCUUUUGUAUAUGAUACUUGAAUAGAUUGGCUGUGAGACCAUUCGGUACAUUCAUUACUGAUAUGGAAUGAUUGGAACUGUUCCUCUAAGUUUGUCCUAAAAGUCCUAAUAUCUCACUGGUCCUAAUUCAUUCCUAUGGUGAAAUUUUUGUCAUUCCUUUCCUAAUUCUCUACUAUCAUAAUAUUUUCGAUAGUUAAUCAUCCUAUCUUAUUUUUAAGAAAUUAAAUGGCCACGGAACUACCUGUCAUUAAUUUAUUGAAUCUGACAUGCACAAUUAGCUGCUUCCAAAAAUGGUAGUGAGUGAUAAAUAUGUCAAUUAGCCAGAAGUAGAGUGCUUUUAUUAGAGGUUGUCAAAUAGACAACAUGCUUUGAUAGCAUGUGAAUGCAUACAUGCUAUAGAAACCCAAAGGCUUAAAGAACAUGUCCUCAGGAUGGACUUUGAAAUGACUCAGGGCAUAGUGAGAUUGAAUUGCUUGCUUAAUAUGCUAGAUUUGACAGCUGAUGGAUAUACUUUUGCUGGAAAAAUCAUCACAGUGGGCUUUGUUCUGUUGAAGAUGGUUUACUGCUGAUUUUGUUGUUUAUUGAUGCUCAUCAAUUUAAUCCUCUUGAAAGGACGCUUGAUCUUCAUCUCUGCCCCUCAUUUUUUUUAGAAUGCUUUUCUGAGGUGAAAGUCAUCAAAUUGCCUGGUAAAUUAUGGUACCUAAUUUUGUGCUGAUUCUAUAACAGUUUGUAAUAUAUGACUUUUUAAGACUUCUCUUUGCCUCAAUUCAGCAUCUUACGAUCCUCAGUUCAUAUUUAUUUUCACUCUUUUGCAAUGGUGGAAAUUGUUAUGUUUUAGGGCACAACAAGCUUUUGACUACAAGAGAACUUAGAAACUAGGAGCAUGAUUCGAUGCCUCUCACAGUUUUGUUAUUUGGAAAAGGGUCAUGCAUAAGGAGACUCAUAUAGACAUUAGAAAAUUUUGCUCUUCCCGAAAUUCAGAGUUAUUUCGAUCCCUCUCAUAUGUUCUCAUUAUUAUUAAAGCAAAAACAUUUCCUGCUUCCUCCCAUCUCUCAUCUCCACCAUGACAUACUGGACAAUCCAUGUGACUGCUGCCACAGGUCGUGGAUGGAAGGUCCAGGGGACAAUACCAUCUGAACAGAUAGUUGAGAGAACGAAAGAAAAUUCUUUACUCGUGAAAUAUUUUCAUGUAUGAUUUCCUCUUUUUAUUUCAUUCCAAGGAAUGUUGCUGAUGGUAGUCAUUGGUUAUGAUGCUUGUCUGACUUCUUUGUUUAUUUUGUCAUGCUUCAGCUGUUGCUGUGAAUGCUCAGCUGACAUAUGCGAUAGUGGAAGUACAGUCUGUUGAAAAGGAAUCUAUAUCUCAAGAAAGCAGACUGAAGGUGGGCAAUGUUUUGAAAGGUGGCAAUCAGAAACUUUUUCUGGUUGUUGCAUCAGAACUUGUGCCCACACUUCAAUCAAAGUGGGGGGUGAAGCUUGUGGUCAAGAAAACUUUUCUUGGUUCAGCUUUAGAAAAUAGCAGGUUAGACUUUGGAAGUUAAAUAUAUGACGUUUAUAUUAUCAAGCUAGUGAGUUUUUGACGCGUACUGUCUAUCAUGGCAACUUAUGAACAUCUACUCUUAUGUUUUGGUGAUAGAAAAUAUAUGUAACUAUUUAAAAUGAUUUAUCAAAUUCCAUAUGACAUCUCGACUGCUCGAAUGGAGCCCUUUGAUUGAUCUUAUUGGUAAUGGGAUGGUGUGCUAUCAUGAUGUGACUAUAAAACUACCUUCGUUUACAGUCCAAGGAAAAGGACUGUCUCUAAAACUACCUUCGUUUACAAUAUGCAGGUAUAUUCACCCCAUUGAUGAGAGGGAAUGCCCUGUUGUCAUUGGAGGAGACUAUAUCACAACUGAAUCUGGAACAGGACUUGUUCAUACUGCCCCUGGACAUGGUCAAGAAGAUUAUGUUACUGGUCUGAAAUAUGGAUUGCCUAUUCUUUCUCCAGUUGAUGAUCUUGGGAAAUUCACUGAAGAAGCUGGGGGUUUUAGCGGCUUGGAUGUUCUUGGUGAUGGAAACGCUGCGGUGGUGAAAUUUUUGGACGAGAAACUGUCCAUUAUUUUGGAAGAACCAUAUAGUAAGUUGAUAAUGUUUAUGUAAACUCAUUCACCUAGUUUUCUAUUUCUGCUUAUGCUUAUAAUGCUCAAGAUUUGGAUCUCGUUCUGUUCCAAUAUGUCAUGUUCUUAGAACACAAGUACCCUUAUGACUGGAGAACUAAGAAGCCAACAAUAUUUAGAGCGACGGAACAAUGGUUUGCUUCAGUGGAAGGAUUCCGUAAGCUUGCUUUGGAUGCAAUUAAUGAAGUCACGUGGAUUCCGCAGCAGGUACUUGCUGCCUCAACCUGAUAUUGACAUUCAGAUGUUUUUAAAAGGCUAAAGUUUAUUUGGAACUUUUUAGCUGGUAUUUAAGUCAUUAUCGCAGAUACUCUGAAUCCUAAGCCCCUCAACUAUUUAAUCUUUGCAACAUGGAUAUAAAUGCACUAAUCUUGCGUGAACUGUCAUCAUUAUGAAUUCCACGCUGUCUCUGUUCUUCAAUGGAUGAUUGCGAAACUGAACUGAGUCCAGAAAUAUUGGUGAAGCACAGAAAACAUUCGUUCGGAUUCCCGGAAGAAAUACCAAUGUGGCCCUUUGACCUCUUAAUCGCUCACUGUCAAGGAUACUAAAUCGGCAAACCAUGGUAGCCUAAAAACUCUCAAACUACUAAAUCAACUCGACGAACUACUUCCAAUGAUCUCAUGACUGUUGACUUCGGAAAACAGUCAUAUGAGGAGGGAAGGACGGAAAUUCGGUACAGGGUUUAGAUAUACUUACUUCCUGUAGGGAUCAUUUUCAAAUGUUUUGCUUUUUUUGAGCUUCUUAGUAGGUUACGAGGACAUCAUUUUCAUCAAACACAUGAUAAAUCUGAUAAACUGAGCAGUCAAACUAUCACGUUUGCUUCUCAAAGCUAUUUGGGAAAUGGUUUCUGUAACUCAUAAUGUCGGUAACUUUUGUAUGUUGACUUAAAGUUUGAUUCACCUUUCUUAAUUGCUUUCGUAAAUCCAUUGGAGUGUGGCCUGCUUAGAUUGCUUCACUGCCUGGACUCUGUGUCGUUUAUAUUAUUUAUCGGCUGUCAUUUGCAGGCACAGAAUAGAAUAACUGCAAUGACUUCCAGCCGAUCUGAUUGGUGUAUUUCUCGGCAAAGGACGUGGGGUGUCCCUAUUCCAGUUUUCUAUCAUGUGACGACAAAGAAACCACUUAUAAAUGAAGAGACAAUCAAUCAUGUAAAAUGUAAGAAGUUUCUUACUGCAAUAAAAUCAUUUUUCUUCUACUUUUCCGACUCUAUCAGAGAAGAAAGUUAAAGACGCAUUUUAUACUUGGUAGAUCUGCAUCUUCCUUCAGAUUUGGGUAGCAUUCUGAUUUUAUGGAAUGUAUUAAUUGCACAACCAGAGACUUAGAAUAUGUAAAAUGAUGAUUUUGUUGUUUUCAUGGACGGUUCUUUUCUUUAAUUUUCUGAGAUAAUCAUGGACGUGAUACUCUUGCAGAAAUUUUGUGAUAGAACCAUGAAUCUUUUUGUAUUCUUAUCUUUACCAAUGCUUCCCUGGAUUUUCUAUUUUCUAUGCUGUUCUUUAUCAAAUAGUUUGAUAUAGAUCAGUCAAAGUAGAGUUCUAGAAGGCUUGAUGACAGAUGUAUUGGAUGGAUCUGAACUUCUAUCACUUCGACCAGAUUUGCAGUGUCAGUCAACGGAGAGUCACAUAAAUUAUCACAGGAUUUGACAUAUCUAGGACAAGGUGGCCCCUUUCUCCGCUCUUAUCUAUUCUUGUUAUUGAGAUGUUGAGGAAAAUAUGGUUGAUGGUUCAAGUUUUAGGAUUGCUAAGAGACUUUAUCUAGAUGGCCAAGGUCUUCAGGUGGGUGACUCACCUUCAAUAUGGCGAUGGUUUUUAGACAGAGUGUAGGAAGGUAUAUAUGGCUAGGUUUUUGCUGGAAUUCCUUUAGAAGUUCAAUGCAAAGCAGCUUACUUUUCAGACGAUUGUGAGUAUAGGUAUGAACACCAGGGAGUAGGAAAGUAAGGAGAGCAGAUGUGAAGUCUACUAUGAAGAAUGGUUAAAAAUAUCUUAAAUAUGUUGCUUAUUGAGGAUAGCCUCUACAUUAUGUUUUCCUUUGUUUUGGUAGUCAAUCCGUCAACUAUUAGCAAUUUUCGUUUGCACAUGGCUGAAGGUGUAGAAUAUCAUUACAGAUUUCCAUGAGGGCAUGACCAGUAUUUCAAUGUAAGAUAUGACAACAGUGGAGCUUACGCACACAACACAGCACACACACACACACACCACACACACACACACACACACAUCUGCAUCUACUCAUUUUUGUGUGAGAUGGUAGUCAAUAAAACUGUAAUCUAGGUCAAUUCGGUUGGCUUCUGAUCUCCGGAGAAUUUUCCAUUCUUAAAUUUGAGUAGUUAUCAGGAUGUUUAUGAAAUAAAUUGAUUGUUGGGCUUCUCAUAUUUUUUUCCUUCCCAGCUGAUGGUAUCUGGCACAACAAUUCAGAGGUGGUGUUGGCUGAAAGUCAACAUGAAUUUAUUUUGAAAUCUACAAGCUGUUGAAACUGAUUGACGUGGUGUGAGUUGUUGACGAUCAUGACGACAAUGAGUUAAUGACAUACUUGAACUCGUGAGAUUGUGAUUCCUUUGGUCCCAAACAUGGUAGUUCCGAAUGUGUACCAUACGUCGAAAUAUGCAUUUUGGAAUCCAUGGCCGAGCAUAGAGUGCAAGAAAAUUAGAUCUUAUGUUUGGACUGAUACUUUAUAUUUUUUUUUUACAGAAAUACUGUUGUGUGACAUCAUAUUUACGUUUUCAUCUGUCAAUUCGGUGAUGUUAGUUCUGAAUUGGUGAUUUUCUUUACUUACAUCUUUAAGUUACGAUUGUGAGCAUAUUCUCUUUUUUCAGCCGUCGUAUCCGAAAAGGGUGCUGAUGCAUGGUGGUAUAUGACAAAAGAGGACCUUCUUCCUGAUAAAUAUCGGCAUCAAGCUUCGGAGUAUGAAAAAGGAACUGAUACCAUGGAUGUAUGGUUUGAUUCUGGUACGUGAGUGCAUCUGUUGAACCAUGAUAUUUACUAUUGCGAGCACUAUAAUGGAUCUCUUAUCAUAAAACCGUGUAAAUCAUAUAGAACUGAAAAAAAUUCUCAAGUUAGGAGAUAAAAAAUGUUAGUCAUCUUAAUUCUGAAAUGCUGAUACAGUUCUGGUUAAAACCUGUUUUUUCUUUUUUCAAUCUAGAAAAUUUAUUUUGCCAUUAUUUGUUACAUUGGCGGUGAAUUUGAAAAUGCCAUUUUCUUCUUUUGGAACGUAUUAUGAAUGAUAGUAAGCUUUUUGGAUAGAUUGUUUAUGGUUACAAGGUAAAUACUAAAUAUUUCAUUCGGAUACAUUUUACACUUUCCUCAUCAAUUGAGACCUUGCUUCUUUCCUUUUCUGUUUCUUAGUGGAAUGCUUUGGAAAUUGAAAUAUUGUUUUGUACUUUGGUUGGAGCUGUUAUACCUCAUUUCUUUAUUUUCCCCAUAGUGAUUGUAAUAUAUUAUGCCAUCAUGCUGUUUUCAAAGUAAAUUUGAAGUCCUUUUUUGUCAGCAACGUCCCAUCCGUAUUAUUUGAUCCCUUUCAGCUUGUGAAUGAAAUGUAAAAGGACGUCAACUAUUGGUAGUCAAGAAAAGGCCAAAAGAUACAGCUAAAGCCACCGCGUUGAUUAAUUGAUUUAUAUAUUUUUGGGGGUGAGGUUGUCUGGCCAUCUUCAUAUCGUAUUUUGUUGCAUAAGUCGCCAUAGCAGAUGAUGAUAGUCUUGGAAAUGCAUCUUUGUCGUACAUUUUUCGUGUUCCUUGGUAGAUUUAUUUGUUUUACAACUGAUGAAUUAAUGCCCGGAAGACCUAUGGCCAAGCUUAUUCUUUGUUCUUAUAUUUGUAGGCUCUUCAUGGGCCGCUGUCUUGGGAAAAAGGGAAGAACUCCAUUUUCCUGCAGAUUUGUAUCUUGAGGGUACAGAUCAACAUCGUGGAUGGUUUCAGAGUUCCUUGUUAACCAGUGUUGCCGUGAAAGGUAACUUUUCUGGAGUCAAUUUUUGCUGGAUUUGAUUUCCCUUCUUUCAUGAAAUUUCCAAUGAUUUCAUGUUAUAUUCUUUUUAUUGCGUCAAGUUUAAAUCAUCACCCACAAUCUAAGCUUCAUCCUAGAUUUGAGAAACAUUUGGUGGGUAGUGCCGUAAUCUGAUAGAAAUACUUCUAAAUCCCUGUACUACUCCCUGCUUCUGCACACUUUUCUGUUUUACCCUUCGUUGAAAUAGUUACCUAUUCUAAAGAAAGCAUAUCUGAUUGAUGUGAUUGUUUUUUCCAUCCGUCUGUGAAAAUGGAGGACUGAAAGUAUAGUAUAGGAGGAUUUGAAUUCAGUCAGAAAGUAUUUAUCUCUGCCCUGUUGUUUAUUCAUCUUUUUUACCAAUCCUCUUGAUUGGUUUUGUAUUUGAAUUCUUGUUGGUGCGAAUUCAUUCCUCUUGUUUUAUUGAAUCUGCUGAUGUUGAAGAUAUUAACUACCUAAAUUAGGUAGUUUGUAUUUCGCCAGUCUUUUAAAUUUUUCAUUUAAUAAGGCAAUCCCCUUUAUACUGUUCAGACAUGUUCCAUCUCAAAUGGCGAACGGUGCAGUGCCCUUAUGGGCGUAGGCCCAUGCUUCCCUCAAUGUCAUCUUUAUCAUAUCUAGAUGAAACGUAUGUAACGCCUGUGAGAACAUUUUAGGGGGUGGGGUGCUGAAGCAUUCAAACUACGUUUGAUUGCUUCUGACCCAAAGAAAACUUUAGAUUCUUGGAUUGUGAUUUUCUGUAAAUAGAUAAAUUCUGUUUUAUGGAAAAUAUGAACUGUUUCUUGAGCAGCAUCGCUGAAAUAUCUUUGAAUAUUUGAGAAAUGAGGAUAUGAAAUUUGAUCAAUCAUUUUUUUUUUCUUCCCAGGAAAAGCUCCAUAUUCGUCUGUAAUAACACAUGGAUUCGUAUUAGAUGAGAAGGGUAUGAAAAUGAGCAAAUCUGUUGGUAAUGUUGUGGAUCCCGAGAAUGUUAUCUCAGGAGGGAAAAAUCAGAAGGUAUGAUAUAAAAAAAAAUCCUCCAUUUGAUCUAUAAUACAUUUCAUAUCAUUAUACCUUUGUUUCUUCUUUGGCAGGAUGAACCUGGUUAUGGAGCUGAUGUCCUUAGGCUCUGGGUUUCUAGUGUAGAUUACAGUGGCGAUGUCCUGAUUGGGCCUCAGGUCCUUCGUCAGAUGUCUGACAUAUAUAGAAAGUUGCGAGGAACGCUACGAUAUCUAUUAUCAAACCUGCACGACUGGACGGUAUAUCACAUUUAGCAUGACUUAUUAUUUUCCAUGUGCAAUGCAUUGCUCCAUCUUCUGCUUGAUUUGUUUGCUUUCUCCACCAUUUCUUUUUCUGGUGGUUCUAUGAGGGUUAGUGGCAAACAUCUUCACAGCGGCACAUUUCUGAGAGUGAUUGAUAAUCUCCUUUUAUAGGAGAUUGAUACACAAGGUAACAAUUCAAUUAGUACAGGAAAAUAAGAAAGUCAAAGGCUUUAAAAGGGCAAAUGGUGGGUCAUUAGUAUGGUUUGAAGAGUAAUGAUGGGUCGUAAGUUUUAUAUAGUUUCCUGUCCAUUUGGUGGUCAAAUUCUUAUGAUUCCGCUGUGUUCUUUGUAGCCGGAAUACGCCGUCUCAUACGAUGAUCUUCCCAAGAUCGACAAAUUCGCUUUAUUCCAGCUGGAAAAUGUGGUAAAUGCCAUCAAGGAGAGUUAUGAGACUUACCAGUUCUACAAGAUAUUCCAGGUAUUACUGCCAUUAUCUUGAAAAAAAAUGAUCCAAUGUAAAUAUUGAAAGAAAUAGCUUAGUUGAUUGGAGAUGCCGCAAAUAGUUUCACUCAUCUUUUUAAAGUAUUUCUGGAGUGAUUAUUGGAUCAUCAGCCUCCUGCAUCACUAUCUCCAGCAGGAGGAUGAGCUAGAAUCUGCCCUCCCCUCUUCAUUAAAAUGGGCCAAUGAUUUAUAUUGAUAUAUUUUUCUUUCAGAUCAUGCAGCGAUUUGCCAUCGUUGAUCUGUCAAAUUUUUAUUUUGAUGUCGCCAAAGAUCGGCUAUACGUCGGGUAUGGAGUUAAUAUCAUUUUAUUUAUUUUAUUUCAUUUUUAUCUUGAGAAAAAAUAAUUUUUAAAAAAAUAUAUAUGCUGUGUUUCUGCUCUCAUCCUGGUAGUUCCUAUCAUGGGUCUUAGAUGACCCCUGUUUUAUUCAUAUGAUUUCUGACAAAAAUAGCAAUUCAGGGGCACAGCGGGGUUCACCCGGCGGAGCUGCCAAACUGUUCUUGCUGCUCACCUUCUGAAGAUAACGAGGGUAAUCGCUCCGAUUCUGCCCCACUUGGCCGAGGAUGCCUGGCAGAAUCUCCCCUUCGAGCAUACCACCGUCGGCGGCUCUGCCACCAGAUUUGUCUUUGAAUCCAAGUGGCCAGAUUCCAACGAUCAGUGGCUCGCAGUCCCCGUGGAAGAUAUCGAUUUCUGGAGGAAAAUUCUCGAGGUAUUUAUUUAUAUUUUUAUGCAAUUCAUGCCAUUUUCAGGGGGAGGUGAAAAAAAAUCCAUGCGUUUUAUGCCAAAAAUGGGAAUCAUUUGAUCAUCCGAUUUAUGUGUUUAGAUAUAUACAUAAAGAGAGAGAGAGAGAGAGAGAGAGAGAGAGAGAGAGAGAGGUGCAUAUUUAUGUAUUUCCGUCCUGAUUUUAAUUAUUAUUUGGCUCAUAUCCUGGUAAGUCUGACAUAUAUCUACCCUCCGCCGGCAGCUGAGAUCGGAGGUCAACAAGGUUCUAGAGACCGCCCGCGUUGGGAAGCUGAUCGGCUCGAGCUUGGAAGCCAGGGUCCAUCUCUACACCGAGGACGCCGCCAUGGCGUCCAGACUUCGGGAGCUCUGCGAAGCCAAGAACGACGCCGACGCGUUGACCCGCAUCUUCAUCACCUCUCAGGUCUCCCCACUCACAGUCAACUCACCUCAGGGCUUGAGGUUCCCUUCUGCUGCUGACGACGGGUCGUUGACUUCUGCCCGCCGCAGGUGGAGAUCCUGUCGUCUCUGGCCGGGAGCGACGAGAUUCCGUGCACCGGGGAGCUCGUGGGAGAAGGUCAACGGAUCUGGAUAGGGGUCUCCCGCGCCGUCGGGACUAAGUGCGAGAGGUGCUGGAACUACUCCCCCAAAGUCGGCUCCUUCGUUGGCCACCCCACGCUCUGCGAACGCUGCUACGACGUCAUCGAGGGCCCCCUCCCCGUCGGAGCCAUGGCGGAGGUCAGCUGA